CCAGUUUGUGCGCAUGCGUGGUAAUGGGUGACACCGGGACGUGCUUUUGACCGCCGUGUGUUUGGGAUUAAAGCAUUUAUAUUCUAUAAAGUAAUAAUUAAAGAGUUAAUCGAGAGAUUUGGGUUUAAAUCGUCACCGGCAGGUUUCCUGCUGAACAGACUACUGUGUGUGUGUGUGUGUGUGUGUGUGUGUGUGUGAAACAUGCGUGUGACGGCUCUGCUCGGCGUGGUGGCGAGGGCGGCGUUUCCCUGUGGUUAUCGGUACGGGACGAACAGGCCGUGGACCGUAGCAGCGAGGAGACUGAACCCUCCGGGGAAGAUCAGGAGGAAGGUGUUCGUGGAGCCGAUCAGCCCCGAGGACUGGAGUGUGUUCAGGGGGGACGUGGUUGAGAUCCUUUCGGGUAAAGACAAGGGGAAACAGGGCAAAAUCACUCAGGUGUUCCGUCACCGUAACUGGGUCAUCAUUGAGGGACUCAACACGCAUUACAGGUAUAUCGGCAGGUCUGGAGAUUACAGAGGGACGUACAUCGGUAGUGAAGCUCCUCUGCUGUUGAAGGACGUCUCACUCGUGGAUCCCACAGACAGGAAGCCCACCCAGACAGAGUGGAGGUUUACAGAGGAGGGGGAGAAGGUGCGGGUUUCGGUCAGGACGGGACGAAUCAUCCCCAAACCCGUCUUCCAGAGGAGGGACGCCAUCAUCCCACAGCAGUGGAAAGACGGACCGAAGGACACGUCUUCAGAGGACGCUCUGGAGAAAACGUACACUCCGUCUCUGAAGACUCUGGAGGAGGAAGUGAUGGAGAAAAUGAACAUCCAGGAACCGAGAAGACCUCGAAAAAGCUUCUGGUACUGAGAUGUUUAAGCAGGAGCACAGAGGAGUGGAGUGUAUGUUGUGUACACUGUGAUGAUGCCAUGAAUUCCCAAUAAAUGUGUUUGUCUAAA